CAGCAUCACGGCAUCACGGCACUCCUCCUUCCCAUACCUGUUCCGUCAUUGAAGGCUGGUUCUACAUUGUCUCACUCACCUCAACCCCAGGGAUCGUGGAAAUCCGAACCCACCGACAUACGUCAAAAACCAUAGCCAAACAUCAUUAUAGACUAUGCACAAUACACCAAUGAUCAGACAAGGCAGUACAGUACCUAUACUCCGCACAAAGUAUGCACUCACUCAUGCACUCCAAUUUCAAGACAGAAAAAAAAGAGAUUAUCUGAGCGCAUCAUGCCCUCGAACCUUCUGGAUCAUGAUUUACCCCCUUCUCAAAGACUUCCGCUUCCUCCAUCCCCGAACUAAUCCCAACUCGCAUAACUUAACCGAAUCUCCAUUGAAUUGUUCGGGCAUCGCCCGACACCAAUGCAAGGAGAGUGGCCAUCUCUGCAUAUGUCGCAUGCAACAAUUCCUUUCCCCCAUUCCUCCGCCGCCGUUCUCGCAUCCUGCAUGCCCUAAAAUCGGCAGUAUUGCUUACUCCGUAGGUACAGUACCUAGCAGUGCCAGUAGUUUCCUUUUCCGAAUUGGCCCCGGAAAGGAUGAUCGGAUCCGGGAGGAUGAGUAGAAAGAUUGUUUUUCUCUCCCUCUGGCCCUUGAAAAUUCAUCUUGACAGGGGUGGUUGUCACUGCCUCACGUUCUCAGUUUUAGAUCGUGUGUGGGCUGGGCUAAGUCUUAGUCAAGAUCUGGUAAUGGGUUUGCUGAGCGCGGGCGGAUGGUGCGGGACGACUAUAGCUGCUAGGCUGCUAGGCUGCUAGGUUGCA